GGCCCGCGCCGCGCCAGGGCGCCACACCACUGCAGCCCCGAGGCGGCGGCGCAGCGCUCCAGCCAUGUCGCGCGGCCUCCAGCUCCUGCUCCUGAGCUGCGCCUGCAGCCUGGCGCCCGCGACGCGGGAGGUGAAGGUGGCGUGUUCGGAGGAUGUGGACUUGCCCUGCACCGCCCCCCGGGACCCGCAGGUCCCUUACACCGUCUCCUGGGCCAAGCUUACAGAGGGCAGCGCAGAGAGGGUGGAGGCGCCCCAGGAAGAUCUGCGCCUCGGGGAACAGCACCAUCUUCAGAAGGGGCCAAAUGGCUCUGCCGACGCUCCCAGCGAACGGCCCUAUUCCCUGAAGAUCCAAAACACGACCAGCUGCAACUCAGGGACAUACAGGUGCACUCUGUGGGACCCGGAAGGACAGAGAAACCUAAGCGGCACAGUGAUCUUGAGAGUGACAGGAUGCUUUCCAAAACGUAAAGAAGAGACUUUUAAGAAGUACAGAGCUGAGAUUGUGUUGCUGUUGGCUCUGGUCGUUUUCUACUUAACACUCAUCAUUUUCACUUGUAAAUUUGCACGACUACAGAGUAUUUUUCCAGAUUUUUCUAAACCUGGAAUGGAACGAGCUUUUCUUCCAGAUACCUCCCCAGAUAAACAGUCGGGGCCAGUGACUUUUCACAAGACAGAACUGGUAUGAACAGGAUUUCCAUAGGUUGUUUUUUCUGAGGUCCAGGGCUCAGUGGUGUGCAUGUCUGUGACGCCGGACAAGAGGAGAAUGAGCCCCGUGCUGAAGACGGCAUCCUUCCUACGAGGUCCUUCGCAUGACUGGAAAUGUCUGAAAGGGGAUCUCACCCUACUUCUGUGAGCCGGGGCUUGAAAACCACGACAUGACCGGCUAGCACAGAACCAUCACUACUUCUCUGUGACUACCUUGUUCGUGUUUUGUGCAGCCAUCUGGUCAACCUCUUGGACACUUUCUCAGUCAUAAAAGCUAUAGUGAGAUGCAGUUGGAGAAGGGUCUUGGGAGAUGUGAACGCCCCCAGCUGGCCCUGUGACAGACUCCCGAGGACAGCUGUCCUCUUCCACAUCUGGGGAACAGCUCUUUGAAUUUUGCUGUUUUUUGUUGUACCGGCCCAGAUGUUUUACGUCUGGGAGACAUUGACAGGCCACGCUGUGAGACAGUGGGAAAUAUUUAGCAAAUAAUUUCCUGGUGUGAAGGUCCUGCUAUUACUAAGGAGUAUUAUGUGUACAAAGAAAUAACAGGUCAAUGAACUGUCCCCCGCAGGGUCUUUUCAUCUGGGAGAGACAUCCAUCAAGAAGCAAUAAAGAAGAGUGCCACGUCUAUUUUUGUAUCUAUGUGUACAUGUCAAAGGAGGGUUUGUGUUUCUCUCCUUUUGAAAUCUAUAGUUAGAUAGAAUUGUUAACGGAGAGGGAGAAGAAGUCGGAGAGGGUGACAGCGGGAUAGAGAGCUGUCUAGUGACCUGCUGGAGACGCUGGGCCAGCCAUGCAGUCUGGGUUCUAGCCCCGGUUUGUCCCACUCCUAGCUGUGUGAUCUGGGGCAAGUUCCUAUGGUUUCUGCUUUCUCCGUUGUAAACCAGAAGGUUGUUGCAUGGAUUAGUUAAAAUGACAUAUGUGAAAAUGCUUUGAAAAAUAUAAAGCCCUAUACAUAUUUGAAACUCUAUUGGGCCAUUGUCCUCACUACUAUGACGCUGUACUGGGGAUGAGAGGAUGCUUCUCAUUUCUCAUGUUCUCCAUCAUUCUGAACAAAGAAGGUUACGAAGAGACUUUCCCGUAGUCUUCUGUGUGAAUUCACUUGGGGAAGUGAGGAGGCCAGUUCUGUGGUCUUGAAGCACCGGACAAAAGUACUUGAAGAUACAGACGUGUGGGAGCCACGGGCAGAAGGGACUUCACAAAAUGGUGCAUUGAUGUUUUGGUGGCAAUAUGUCCAGUUUCUCUGAUCAAACACGGGCCCUUCCCUUCUUGUUUUCCAAAGAAAUUUUAUCGCUUUAGUAGUGUGUGCGUUGCUCCCACUGGUAUUAGAGAGUAAAAGGGUCACCAAGUUGAGUGUUUGCCUCUUGUGUCAUUGCUUUCAUGUCAU